UCGACGAAGGACAAAAUGAAUCCAAUAUUAUCUGGAAAAUUAUAUUUGACAAUUAUUUCUGUGAUAUUCAAUGUAUUCUUUGUUAAAGGAUUUAUAAGUCUGGAUAGUAUAGAAAGAGUUUGUAAACUCCACUGUGACCAUUUACUGGUUAAAGAAAAGGAUACGCUAUACUGUGAUAAUGGCUGUCAAACAGAACAGUGUUAUGUGGGAUGUUCCCAGUAUGAAGAGGCAGUUACAGAAACACCAUGUUCCACAGUGUGUUCAGAUUUACUUGUAAAGAAUGAUACAGACCAUAUCAGUGCAGGAAGCACUAUACAGACGCAGAAGCAAAGCUGUGUUCAAGGCUGUAAUUUUGGGCUGGAAGAAUACCAUAAACAGUUUGUACCAUAUUCUGGACUGGAAUUACCGGGACCCGAAAUUGUAAAAGAUGGUAUUACCCAUAAUUCCGUUUUACUGGACUGGGCAGGAGAGACUGUACUUAAACAAAAUCCAGUUCCUUCAUUGGUGGAAUUGUUUUGGGCAAAUGAAGAGAUAUUGCAGAAUAUCACAUUUAUAUUGCAAAAACGGGUAUUAGAAACAAUGACAGAAUGGCAGAGUCACUCAGAUACGGAGUUAUUGCCCUCAGGAAGAGUAAAUGUCACAAAUCUACAUCCAUUUGUUACAUAUCAGUUCAAGUUUAUAUUCCAAAUAACUACAACUCAUGCUGUGGAAACAAACUACUCUGUUUCUGUAACUACUCUUCCAUAUGGAGCACCAUCAAGUUCCCCUACAAUAACCACCCUUCAUGCUCCGUCAUCAACAACAGUAUCGGUAUCAUGGGUGGCACCAGUGUAUACAAAUGGCCCUUUGAUUAGUUACCGUCUUUCACUUCUCCCAUUGGACAGCCAGGAUCAUGUGAUCAGUUCUGAUGUAACUCCUGAAAAAAUGGCAUGGAUAUUCGGUCACCUGUUACCAAAAACGCAGUAUGAAGUUCGAGUCUCGGCUAUGAAUGGCGAGGGAGAGGGCCCAGAGGCAGUAAUGACAGUGACAACCCCAACCUCCAGUUCCUUGAGUGAGAAGCAGACCCCAUAUCUAGUCCUUGGCGCUGAGAAUUGUGUGGUUAAACAGAGUCUGCAAGUACUUACACAAGAUGCAAAAACAAUCCUCAAACGACCCAAGAGCAUCCUUACCAUGGCGGGAACUACAAUAUUAUAUCAAAGUAAUUCGAGCAAUGAGCUCGUGCAAGGUGUCGGUGUGCAUGUGGAGAGAGAGCUUGUGCUGGUAUCAGAUGACAGUGGGCAGGUAACUCUGGUCAAUAUUGCUGGGGAAACUGUGAAGGAAGACAUGUAUCCAAUGUUAGGACAACCUACAGCCAUAGAUGUUGAUUGGUUACAUAAUAAAGCUUACAUUGUUGAUGGACACAGGAUCUACCAGUGCACAAUCAUUGUAGAAGACUGGAACCAGUGUACAGUAGCUUUAGAUCUGGUUCCUAACCCUCCACAUGAGUUAAAAGUUGAUCCAAUCAAUGGAUAUCUGUACUACACACUAUCGAACAAGGCAGGGCUGUAUGCGGUUCCUCUUGUUGACUUUUCAUUGAGCCGAGAACCAGUUCCACAAGUUGUCAUUCCUAAUGCCAUACAAACUUUUUUCAUAGAUUAUGAAAAUCUGCUCCUUUUCUAUCCGAACAACACUCACAAUACUGUGAUGUCGGCGUAUUUAGAUGGUUCAGGAGCCACUGACAUGCGACAAGGUUCUGUUGCUCGUCCCCACUUUCUGAACACAGAAAGUAUUGUCUUUUACGAUGAGAAGUUUUUCUGGACGAAUGGAAGUAAAGUGUUCAGCGAAGAGUUUGAUGCAGGAAAUCGAACGUAUUACCAUCAUUCUUUGGCACUAUGGGAAAAACAUUUUACCGGAUUUAAUCUCUACUACCCAAACUCACAGCCGGUUCCUGUUCCACUCAAUGCCCCUGGAGCUGUACAGGUCCUGUUUACAGCAUACAAGGUUAUUGUUGAGUGGGAGGCUCCAGAGAAACUUGUAUUUCAAGGUGAAGGAGCAUUCAGUCAAUGGAAGUAUGAUGUUAGUAUUCUACAGGACGAUGGUUCCCGUAACGAGAUUCAGGAGACUUCACAAAAAAUGAAGUUUGUUGUUACAAAUCUGGAACCAGACACUGUAUACCAGGUCAAGGUUCGAGCCAAGUCAAGCUCUGGUGCUGGUCCAUGGUCACCAGUGUUCCAUGGCAAAACUUUGAAAGCUGAGUUUGACACAGCUAAGCUUGUAGUUGCAGUACAACAUCAACAUCACUUUAAGACUUGGGAGAUCAAAGAGGUUGGACUCGAUGGAGAGUUGAUAGAUGUUCUGUUUAAAACGUCUCCCAUAUACCCAGGUGUUACAGAUCUAGCAUGGCAUGAGGAUAAAUUAUUUUGGACAACAAAUGAAAAGGAUUUGUUUGUAUAUCUUGGAGAGGAUGAUGAACAGAAGCAGUUGGACUUUGUACGAGAUGCUACAUGCGUGGCGUUUGACUGGCUCGGACAGAGGUUGUACUGGUCUGUACUCAGGAAUGGAGAUUCUCAGAUCAGGAGGGCUGAUAUAUAUGGUGAUACAGAGGAGUUUGUGUACCAAGCAUUGGCUAGAGAUAUGGCCUUGGACAGUGUCAAAGGUCGUCUAUACUGGGUCACAGGGGUCAGCGUGGAAACAACAUUCCUAAAUGGCAAUGAUCAUUUGGAAUACUUCUCUCUUCAGCCAUUCUCAGGAAAGCAGGUGAUCAGUCUGACUAUUGAUCAUGAUCACCAGAAGCUUAUGUGGUAUGUGAAAGGGUUUGAGGACCAGUCACUAUACAUGGCUGAUCUGUUCAGUAACCAUGGCAACUAUGAUGAUGUCAUCAAAUCUGUUACCCUUGUUGGGAAAAUCCAGGACAUUGAAAAGUUUUCUGCUAUACAGUAUUUCUCGCAUCAUUUGUUAUGGGUGGAUGAACAAAUGUCUUUGAGAGUUGGUAAUUCCCAGGGGAACUAUACAGCCAGAAUGUCAGCCAUUGAUGCUCCUGUAUCAGUAUUCACUCUAAAACACAAAUCUCUACAUAGAUAUCCAGAAAACCUAAAUUCAUCAAGUAUAGUGGUAAUACCAUCUGUGAUCAGACCAGACUCAAUUACUUGUAUUGGACUUGCCUCAAGAUUCAAUAUUACCUGGCAACCAUCUACAGAGGUCAAUCAUGGUCAUGUGACCUAUAAACUCUCAGUAAAAGCUGAAGGCAUUCCAGACAUUAAGGAGGUUCUUUAUCAUCCCAGGUUUACUGUGGAAGGAUUAGCUCCGUACACUCCUGUUACUAUAUCUGUACAGGCCCAUACAUACUGGGGUUCUGGGCCACACACUGUCACCACUGUUAAAUCACCUAUGGCUGCACCCAGUGAGCCUAUAUCACCAAAGGUAUAUGUUACACAGAGGAAGAAUGCGGCUUUGUCAAAGCUCACACUUGCAGCAGAUUUCCGAUGGUCUGAACCAACUGAGCUCAAUGGGAUCUUGAGCCAACAAAUAGUUCGUUACUGGCAGAGCGAUAAACCAAUGCAUAAAAGUACUACAUCUCUACCGCCAUCUGCCAGGCAUUUCAUACUGGACGACCUGCAAGGAAAUACAACAUACUUUUUUGAGGUUGAAUGCUGUACUCCAGCUGGCUGUGGGCCCAGAUCUCCAACUGUUAAUGCUACAGCAGACGCUGUGAAUCCUGUUCCUAAGGUUCUUAUUGCAACUAAAGAUGGUAUACACAUUGCUGAGGCAGAUAACAUCCAGAACACUUCAAUCACUAUGGCAACCAAGUCAGUGUCUGCACUUAGUUACCUGUCCCAAGAUGAUAAAUACUAUUGGAUUACCAGCGAUAAAUAUCUCGAACAGUUUCCACCAGUUACAGGCAAAAGGCUGCUACAUCUUGAGAGUGAGGAUCACAAGAUGACCUUGGACUGGGUGAGCAGGACACUUUAUACUGUGGAGAGUAACUUGUCGUCUGCUGCAGUCAUCAGUUAUAAUCUGGAUGAAGGAAAAGAGUACAGGCUGAUUGAGAGAAAGACAAGGAUAGGAGAUAUUGUUGUUGAUCCCUAUACAAGCUCUUUACUAUGGACAGAGUUCAAUCCAGCAGACAGAUCAUGGAAAAUUACCAGGACAACAACAAAUAAUCCAAGCAACUUGCAUGAUUUCUUCAGUCGUCAGCGACGCAGACGUAAUGUACACAAUGCUUGCAACUGUCCAGCCAAUGAGAAAGUGUCUUCUGCUGUCACUGUGGAUCUGUCAGCAGACGGUCAUACAGAGAUAAUGUAUGUGGAUAGGGAAAGUCUUAGUCUGAAAGCAGCGGAUAUGGAUGCUUGUAAAUGUAGAACAUUAUUGAAUACAGCAUCUUCAGAUAGGAAAGGUUUGCCAGCAGAUGUGAUGACUGUAGACCAUGUGUAUAUAUACUGGUACAACAGUGACAGUCAGAGGUUAUACAUCAUGGAUAAAGCUACUGGAAAUCUGCAGCACACGUCGCUAGAACAUGUGACUGAUAUCCAGGCUUAUGGUGCUCACCUUCAUCCUUUACCAGGCUCUGAGUGUCUAGAUACAAACCCAUACACAGGCAAGGUGGACAUUUUGACAUACACAAACACAAGCGUGAAAGUCAGCCUGCAUGAAACGUCAUGGCCGGACAAGUGUACGAACAUAAGUCAUCCAGCAGUGGAAUUUACUGUGUAUUACAGACAGCUAGAUGAUAUGAAACCAAAUGAUGAUUGUAAAGAAGACAAACAUGUCUGCCAAACUAAGUCUGGAUACUCGAGGGAGCUGUCAUUAGAUCAACUGGAACCAUACACUUACUAUAUCAUACAGGGAGCAGUCAGUAAUUAUUACUCAAAAUACACAGUCAAUUCAUUAGGGGAAGCAACUGUUGUGAGAACCAAACCUGGAGUGCCAAGUCCAAUUGAGAACAUUACGGCUCAGGCACAAAGUCCAGAUCGUAUAACAGUGUGGUGGCCACCUCCAUCACAGCCAAAUGGUCCCAUUGACAAGAUUGUUUACUUUGUGAAAUGGUCGACCCAGUUAGAGGAUGGUAUACUCCACACAACAAUGACCGAUGCAAUAUCAUAUGAUUCGAUAAAUCCCUUCAACAAUGGUUUGUUUGAGGUGGACUUAGAAAAACUCUCACCAGAACAGACAUACUCUAUACAGGUGAUAAGCAACCAGACUGAAGGCAACUUUGUAACAGAGAGUGUACCAGUCAUAUCAACUACAUACCAAGCACCAGAUGACCUUGAACUUCUAGAGGUCACAAAUACAUCUAUACAGUUGACCUGGAGGUCACCUAGUGAUGACAGUACUCGAGUUGUAUCUAUUUACUAUGCUGAGGUAAAAGAAAAGCAGCAGUUGAAGUUUGAGAUGAUUGACAUCCCGAUACUUACCUUCAAUAAUACUUUGUAUAACGAGACUUUCACUGAUCUGAAACCUGACACGGAAUACUCGUUCAGGCUCAACAUCAUAUACAAAUCUAAAUCAACAUAUGAGGUUUACCACUGGCCAAAGGAAGAUUCUGACCUCAAAUAUCUGUUCAGGACUUUAACGGGUAUCCCAGGGUCACCAGAUUCUCCAGAUGUACAAGAAUUUAAAGAGGGAGAGUUUGAGGUGAGCUGGCCGCUACCUGAAGAUAAUGGAGAGAUUAUUGAGCACUAUAUUCUACAGUACAAGUAUAUAGAUAAAGACAACUGGAGUGAUGCCUGUAAUACAAGUGAGUUACGCUGGGUCAUUGAUGACAGUGUUCUUCAGCGUGGCUAUACGUACAUGUUCCGUGUGAAGGCAGAGAACAAGAAUGGUUGGGGACCGUACAGUCUUAACAGUUCUAUCUUCUCAUAUCCAAGUUUAGAGGCUGAGUCAGAGGACAGGACAGUUAUUGUGGUAGCUAUUGUGGUAGCUUUAAUUGUUGUGCUGAUUGCCAUGGCAACCAUUGCUAUAUGCUAUUCAAUGUGCCGGAAAAGACGUGAGGAGAAGAAGAAAAAGAAGAAUCAAGAGUUUGUAGCUGUGGCACGAGGCCCUGACCUCGAGCUUGCUACGUUGAGAGAACUUCCUAUGACCCAUAUACAACAAAAUAAUACUCUUUAUGCUAUGAACAUCAUUCCUACAGAUGAUGAAAUUGCGGCUCUGCCUCAUUUCCGAAGAGACCAGCUGGUUCUGUGUAAAUUCCUCGGAAGUGGUGCUUUUGGUGAAGUGUUUGAAGGAAUUGCGAAAAAUAUUAUUAAUGAAAGUUCAGGGGAUACAAGAUGUGCUGUAAAGACACUACGUAAGAGUGCGUCAGACCAAGAGAAGGAAGAAUUUCUGAAGGAGGCGUUGUUAAUGAGUAACUUUCACCAUGAACAUAUUCUCAGUUUACUCGGGGUGUGUCUGGACAAUGACCCACAAUUUAUCAUCCUCGAGUUGAUGGAAGGCGGAGAUCUACUCUCAUUCAUGAGAGCAUGUAGACUUACUUCUAUACAGAAUCAGAGUCGUGCAGAAUUGUCACUGACAGAUCUUGUAAAAAUAUGUGUACAUGUAGCGAGUGGAUGUAAAUACCUUGAAGACAUGCAUUUUGUUCAUAGAGAUUUGGCUGCCAGAAACUGCCUUGUGUCCUCUUGCGACCCUAAUACAAUGGUCGUGAAGAUCGGAGACUUCGGUCUCGCUCGGGAUAUAUACAAAAAUGAUUACUAUCGUAAAGAGGGUGAAGGUUUACUUCCAGUACGCUGGAUGUCACCGGAGUCUCUCGUAGAUGGAGUGUUUACUACACAGUCAGAUAUCUGGGCGUUUGGAGUAUUAAUGUGGGAGGUGGUGACUUUUGGUCAACAACCAUACCCUGCCCGCACAAAUAUUGAUGUGUUACAUUUUGUACGUAGUGGAGGGCGCCUUGAUAGACCAGAGAGCUGUCCUGAGGACUUUUACCAAUUGAUGUGUAAGUGCUGGAAUUUCGAGCCGGAAGAGCGGCCAUCAUUUGCCUUCCUCCUUCAACAGUUAGAAAAAUUCCAUGAGACGUGUUUAAGUAUUUCUGAGUACCUGGUACCAAUAUGCUCAAGUAACAGAAGCCUUGCUGCAGUGGCUGGGUACAAGUACCUGACAGGGAGGACAAGGAGACUGACGUCGACCUCAUCAGAUGGACCUGAAUACUCGCAUAUAAAUCAUAAUGGUUAUGGAAGUCACAAGUCAUAUGGAAAUAUUCGUAGAGCAACUUCAUUUGAUGCUCCAGAACCAAAGGACGCCACCAGACAGAUUCAGACUGAUGCAGCCAACUAUCUGGAACCCAAAUCCAACUAUGUUCCUUCCUACAUUGAAUUUUUACCUGAAGAAAGAACUAUUAAUUAUAUGUAUAACUCUGAGGGUGAAAGAAUUAGGGAGAAAGGGGCUGAAUCAGUUGAAUUGCCAAAGAAAGGUCCGAAUUAUGUGCAGACGACAGUGAAAGAAAACUUCCAUGCUCAAGGUCAAGAAUACAUUAAGUAUGUUAAUCAGAAAAGUAGUUCCGUUAGUGACCAGGAAAAUGACUCGGAGGUGAAGAGAAUAUUCUCUCACCAGAAAAAUAGUGCAGAUUCUGUCAUUAUGAAAACUGUUGAAAAUAUUCCAAAUACAUGUAGAGGUAGUUCUAGAGGUACCAUUAGUUGUUCAAGUGUCUCGUGCUCUGACUCUGUUUAUCCACAGUCUGUAAAUUCCGCUUACGCUCUUGUUAUGCAAAAUGGAGGACCAAGGACCAGUAACAGAAAACAUCGUCUUGACUCGACUAACUCAGUCAUGUCAUUUGACUCUGUGCAGACGGAGCCUGUGUACAACAGUUUCCAGCGCGGAAAACUUUAUUCAUCGUCGUCAUCAAAAUCAAACUAUUCAAUGUCAAAUAUUUCAGAAUCAACAGUCGAACAAUUGUCCCCGGACACGGAGCCAAAGAAAUUCUGGGCAAACACUAGUAUUGAUUGUGCCAACCUUGUUGACAGACAAGAAGCUAAAACCCAUGUAGAUUAUUUCAAUAUGGCUACCAGAUCUCAAGUGUAUCCUGAAAAUGUCGGCUCUCUUUCCGGAUAUGAUAUUGUUCAUGCAAGUUUAGUUUAACUGUAAAUGGAACUACAACAAGAUUGUGUUCAUAAUUAAUUAUGCUCAGACAUAAAUAUUCCAAAUUAUUAAAUACCAUGAAAUUAUUAUUUGUGGGAGGGGGACUAAUUUUUGUGGAUUCCGUGGUUUUGUCAUCAAUGAAAUGCAAUCCCAGGUAACAAGAAAAUAUAAAUUUUAAAUUUGAAUCUUGAUAUUAACAGAUUCAAAUCCCAGUUAAAAAGUGGCUUCGACACAAACCACAAAAUUUUAUGUCAAUGAAAUUCAGUGAAUUCAAAAUACUUAAAAUCUUUUUUUUUUUAAUUCAAAAGUUCAUAUACCAAAGAAAACCCCAUUUUGGCCCAAAUCAUGAAAAAGUAAACUCUUAUAGCCUUCUUGUAAAAUGAAUUAAUAUGAUUUUAAAAUAAUCCUAUCAUGGAAGUAUUCUAAAAUGUCAAAAAUUGUUAUAAAAAAAAAGAUUAUUAUGUGAUGUGUAAAGAUUGUUGGCUCGGUAUUAAACUUUUUUAACAAAAAAUUUCAAUUGGGAACAAUGUAAAAGAACAAUAGAUAUGUGAUUUUUUACUGAUACAUGUGAUGCUAUGAAAUAUAUUGACAUUGUUACACAGUCCAUUUAGACAGAUAAUUAAUUCAGGAAUUUGUGUGUUGCAUGAUUGUAUGGUUAAUCAAUGUUUUUUUUUUUCAGUCAUUUUUUUUUUCUUUCUUAAUUAAAAUUAUCCAUUUGUUGUAUUGAGAAAAAUGUCCGACAUUGUUUGAAAUGGAGGUAAUUUUUGUCACAUGCAUAAGCUAUUGUUUCAUUUUAGAAAAUAAGUAUCAGAUUUUUAUAUGUGUAUAAAAAAUACGUAAUAUCGAUGGUUGCCAUUCAAACUUACAAACCUGUGGAAAGUGAACUUUAAAUUUCCUUCAAGCUUACAUGAAAAAUGCUCUAUAUGCUUUAAGGUUAUAUGUGUCACAUGUUAGAAUAACUCUUUUUCUAUUGGAAUUGCAACUUAUCAUUUUCUGAAAAUAAGUGGAAGGAGUUUCUUACAAAAAAAAAUGCCAAAAUUGCCGAAAAUACAGGUUUGUCAUUUUAAAUAGUGGCCAGCGAUAUGUAAAUAUAUAAAUAACCCGCAUUGUAAGUGCUAAAGUUUGCUGUUAUAUUAACCCUUAGAACUUUUAUGAAAUUUUACUGUGUUGAUAUUUGCAUAAAGAUAUAUUGUUUGUUUUGUAAUAGAAAUCUGUUAAAAAUGUGUUCUUAUAGAAUAGUGUAUAUUUUCAUUAUAGAAUAGAUAAUUUGCAGUCAGUAUUGCAUUAUUUGAAUAGAAAGAUACAUGUGUAUUACAUACAUGUAUAGAUGUUUGACACAUGUAGUAGGAUAAAUACAGGGUUGUUUAAUUAGUAGAAUGAAACAGUAUGAAAUGCACAGCCAGGAAAGGUUGGCAAGACUGAGUACAAAUUCAAAUAUUCCAUAUUUUGUACUUUUUCUUACAAGAAAAUCGAUCUGUUAGUGUCCCCAUGUGGUUCUGGGAUAGCUUGUAUACAAGAAGGAAUUAGAAUCACUGGCAGACUCUUGCAUGAUCACAAGAGGCAACAUAUAGGGUCUGAACACCUGAUUUUACUACAAUUCUGUGAUUCCAGAAGGUAUUAAAGUUUUGAUUCCAUACCUCAAAUUUUAAUUUGGAUGAAAAUGAGAAUUUUUAGUCCUGUUUGGCACUGCUGUGUUGGUACACAAUAACAAAAGUCUAUUUGUUAGUGGAAUAUUCAUUUUAGUGAAACAAAAACAGACUUUUUCAUUUAGUAAAUUAUUAAAUUAAUAAUUUUAAUCUUUGUCAUGCUGGACACGAUUUUUGCUGUCUUUGCAACCAGUUUAGAUCAUAAUCAGCCUGCACAUGUGUGCAGUCUGAUCAAGAUCUGCACUGUUGGCCAUUCAGUCAGUAUCUUUUUGAUAAGCACCCCUUUUAACAGUUAAUGGCACUGUCCAAAUUGAAAGAUGGACAAGUUCAUUAUAGAAAUUUAGCCGGGGUAAGGGUUAAACUUUCCUGUUAUAAAAUAUAAAAAAAAAAAACCAAGAUUUUUUAUGCAUAUUUUCUUCUUCUUCAAGUUAUUAUAUUUUGUUGUAUGCCCUUCUUUUUGCAGAAAACACAGCUAUUGUUUAUGACAUCAUUUGACUGAAUGGUUUCUUUUCCCAUGACAUUGCCUGUUCAUUCAGAUUAAGAAGAGCUGUGUGUUUUGAGAGUAGGUAUCCUUGCUCAUGAUUACAAUGACAUUCCUUGGCCUCCAUUUUCCUCCGAGUGUUCAGUUAACAUUCCUUUGUGGUAGAAUUAGACAAUUUGUUCCUGGUGCUCAAAUCUUACGUGUCCCUAUGAAAAUAUGCUGACUGUAAAGAUAAAUGCACUCCCCAUACAUUCUUUUAGAUGGGAAGUACAGUGCCACAUUUUUUCUGUAUAUCCCUAAUAUUAAAGGUAGCUGAAUAAGUUUGACAAAAUGACUGGAGAGAUUUUGCAGCCCAGGAAUUAUGGCUACGAUAGUGUUUCCCCCAGAAUUGUGUUAAUAUUGUUUCUUAAUUUCACAAAAUUAGUAAAAUAGGAAGGGAAGUAGAGAAAUUGAAUUGGGAGUCCUUCAGUUCACCCAAAAAUGUUUUUUUUUGCUGUUACAAAUGAAAUUUUAUAAUUGUUUUAUUAAUGAAUUUUGACACUGUUAAAACUGCAACAGUUAAAAUAUUAUAUGCUACUUGUCAGACCUAUUUUUAGGCUGUGGUCAAAGGGAGACCGCCAUAAUCCUGUUUUUAGCUCACCUGUCACAAAGUGACAAGGUGAGCUUUUGUGAUCGCGCAGUGUCCGACGUCCGUCGUCCGUCCGUGCGUGCGUGCGUCCGUAAACUUUUGCUUGUGACCUCUCUAGAGGUCACAUUUUUCGUGGGAUCUUUAUGAAAGUUGGUCAGAAUGUUCAUCUUGAUGAUAUCUAGGUCAAGUUCGAAACUAGGUCACGUGCCAUCAAAAACUAGGUCAGUAGGUCUAAAAAUAGAAAAACCUUGUGACCUCUCUAGAGGCCAUAAUUUUCAAUGGAUCUUCAUGAAAAUUGGUCAGAAUGUUCACCUUGAUGAUAUCUAGGUCAAGUUCGAAACUGGGUCACUUGCUUUCAAAAACUAGGUCAGUAGGUCUAAAAAUAGAAAAACCUUGUGACCUCUCUAGAGGCCAUAUAUUUCACAAGAUCUUCAUGAAAGUUGGUCAGAACGUUCUCCUUGAUGAUAUCUAGGUCAAGUUCGAAACUGGGUCACGUGCCAUUAAAAACUAGGUCAGUAGGUCAAAUAAUAGAAAAACCUUGUGACCUCUCUAAAGGCCAUAUUUUUCAUGGGAUCUGUAUGAAAGUUGCUCUGAAUGUUCAUCUUGAUGAUAUCUAGGUCAAGUUCGAAACUGGGUCACGUGUGGUCAAAAACUAGGUCAGUAGGUCUAAAAAUAGAAAAACCUUGUGACCUUUCUAGAGGCCAUAUAUUUCACAAGAUCUUCAUGAAAAUUGGUCAGAACGUUCAGCUUGAUGAUAUCUAGGUCAAGUUCGAAACUGGGUCACGUGCCAUCAAAAACUAGGUCAAUAGGUCAAAUAAUAGAAAAACCUUGUGACCUCUCUAAAGGCCAAAUUUUUCAUGGGAUCUGUAUGAAAGUUGGUCUGAAUGUUCAUCUUGAUGAUAACUAGGUCAAGUUCGAAACUUGGUCAACUGCGGUCAAAAACUAGGUCAGUAGGUCUAAAAAUAGAAAAACCUUUUGACCUCUCUAGAGGCCAUAUAUUUCAUGAAAUCUUCAUGAAAAUUGGUCAGAAUGUUCACCUUGAUGAUAUCUAGGUCAAGUUCGAAAGUGGGUCACAUGCCAUCAAAAAGUAGGUCAGUAGGUCAAAUAAUAGAAAAACCUUGUGACCUCUCUAGAGGCCAUAUUUUUCAUGGGAUCUGUAUGAAAGUUGGUCUGAAUGUUCAUCUUGAUGACAUCUAGUCAAGUUUGAAAGUGGGUCACAUGCCAUCAAAAACUAAGUCAGUAGGUCAAAUAAUAGAAAAACCUUGUGACCUCUCUAAAGGCCAUAUUUUUCAACGGAUCUUCAUGAAAGUUGGUCUGAAUGUUCAUCUUGAUGAUAUCUAGGCCAAGUUCGAAACAGGGUCAUGUGCGGUCAAGAACUAGGUCAGUAGGUCUAAAAAUAGAAAAACCUUGUGACCUCUCUAGAGGCCAUACUUGUGAAUAGAUCUCUAUAAAAAUUGGUCAGAAUGUUCAUCUUGAUGAUAUCUAGGUCAAGUUCGAAAGUGGGUCACGUGCCAUCAAUAAGUAGCUCAGUAGGUCAAAUAAUGAAAAAACGUUGUGACCUCUCUAGAGGCCAUUUUUUUCAUGGGAUCUGUAUGAAAGUUGGUCUGAAUGUUUAUCUUGAUGAUAUCUAGGUCAUUUUCGAAACUGGGUCAACUGUGAUCAAAAACUAGGUCAGUAGGUCUUGAAAUAGAAAAACCUUGUGACCUCUCUAGUUUAUUAUUGGCCAUAGGGAAAAACCGAGACCACUUUUCUGUGGUACAACAUGAAUGGUACCUCCAAUUUUUAGGUGUAUUUUGACAUAUCUAUACCUUGUAAGAAUUUUUUUUUUCUUUUUGGUUAAAUUUCUUUCCUUUGUUGUUCCUGUCCUUUGGACUUAGAUAUUUUUUCUGAGGACCUUCUUGUCCUCAAGUGCAAUGAUAACAGGUGAGCGAUAUAGGGCCAUCAUGGCCCUCUUGUUAGGUAAUUGUCACAGUUAUGAAAGAUAUGAUAUAUGCCUCUGAUUACAAGUUUCCUUUGGUUCACUGACACACUUGUUUCUGUGAGCAUAAUUACUGAAAGUAAACUGUGAACUUAUUUUCUGAAAAAUAUAUAUAAAACUUCAAUAAUGAAUUGACAUAUCUCUUGACAUUUUAGCUUGUAGGUAAAACAUUAUUGGUUUGAUCAAAACACCUUAAUGCUAUUUCUGAAUCACUAGCAGGAUACUGAAAAUAUUCCCUCGAGAAUCAUAUGAAUGUUGCAGAAUAUUCUCUGAAGAAUCAUGGGUACUACACAGAAUAUUGCCCAAGAAUCAUUUGUACUACACAGAAUAUUGCCCAAUAAUCAUUUGAACUAACAGAAUAUUCCCUCAAGAGUCACAUAUAUAAUGCAGACCCCACUUCUCAAAAAUCAUGUGGAUAAUACAAAACCUUCAAAACCUCAAGAAUCAUGGGUAUAAUGCAGAAUUUUCCCAGAAUCGUGGAUAUUACUAGUAUACUGCUUUUUCCCUAAAUAAUCGUAUGUAUGAUACAGACUUUUUCAAGUAUUAUACAUAAAUAUGUUCAGUAAAAAUUUUGUUUCAAAUGUUACAAACUUUUCCCCUCAUACAAUACCCCAUAAUUCUGGCAUUCAUGAUUUUUUCCCCAAAUAAUUCACCAGUUAAUUACUCCAGAAUCUACCAGUAUCUACUUAAUUUCCUUUCAUUUCUUCCCAGUGGCAGUGAAGUUGUUCUUUGUAUAACAUUUGUUACUGUGGUUAUGAAAAUGUUAACUUUCUGUAUUAUAUUUUUAUUAUCUUUUGUCAUGACAUGAGAUUUGCAUACAUUGUUGUACGAUGCAUGUAUACAUCAUCUGAGAAAUAAAUUUGUAUAGCAAAA